AUGUCACUGUUCAACCAAACUAUUCAUAACCAUCAGACCUUUACCCUGAUUGGGAUUCCAGGAAUGCCAGAGAAAGACUUCUGGAUGGCCUUGCCCCUCUGCCUUCUUUACAGUACCACAUUCCUAGGUAAUUUCAUUAUCCUUGUUGUCAUAAAGGUUGAGCGAAGUCUCCAUGAACCCAUGUAUUAUUUUCUGGCUAUGCUAGCUGCCACUGACCUUAGCCUUUCAUUAUCUUCCAUGCCCACCAUGAUAAGUGUUCACUUGUUUGACUGGCGCUCAGUAACCCUUGAUGUCUGCAUCACUCAGAUGUUCUUUAUCCACAACUUUGGAGGAGUGGAAUCAGGUGUUCUGGUCGCCAUGGCCUUUGAUCGCUUUGUGGCUAUUCGCUUCCCUUUGCGCUAUGCUACCAUUCUCACUCAUGGAGUCAUCAUCAAAAUUGGAGCAGCAGUCCUGCUACGGAGUGUGAGUGUAGUGCUCCCUGUGCCUUUCCUCAUCAAAAGGCUACCUUUCUGCCGCUCCAAUGUCCUUUCCCACGCAUACUGCCUCCAUCAGGAUGCCAUGAGGCUUGCCUGUGCUGACACCCGUGUCAAUAGCAUCUAUGGUCUGCUGGCUGUGAUCUUCACCAUUGUACUAGAUGCCUUGAUCCUUUUGAUUUCUUACUUUCUAAUCCUCCAGGAAGUACUGGGCAUUGCUUCCAGAGAAGAGAGACUUAAGGCUCUUAAUACCUGCUUCUCUCAUAUCUGUGCAGUACUGCUCUUCUAUGUGCCUCUCAUUGGCAUGACUCUGAUUCACCGCUUUGGGAAGCAUUUGUCACCAAUAAUACACACACUUAUGGCCAAUAUCUACCUGCUGCUCCCUCCUCUGCUGAAUCCUGUUGUGUACAGUGUUAGGACCAAGCAGAUCCGGCAGUGGAUUGUCCGAGCAUUCUGUGGGAACAGGAUUGGCCAUUAA